AUGCCCUGCCUGGCGUCGGCCAAAGGACCGCCAAGCAUUGGUGCUGAGGAUGUGGCAGAGGCGGUGUCUCGGGUGCUGGAAUCCCUGACCAGGUCGAGUGGCGUGGACGGAUGGACGGUGGAGGUUGUGGGCGGCGAGGCUCGAGGGGGCGCGGCGCACGACACAGCGCAGGAGGGGCUGAUGCCCUCGCACCUCGAGCGCAUGCGGAAGGACUUGGAGCUGGAGGAUUCGGCCGCGCCUGGCGUCCAGAGCCUGGACAGGUUUGACCACAUCUAUGGCGUGCGUCGCACAGCUGCGGGCAAGGUCCGGAGACUGGACAUCAUCCUGGCCCCGUCGGAGGAAUUUGCCAUGGCGCUGGUGGGAUGGACCGGCUCCCGCACCUACCUGCGGCUCCUGCGCCAGCAUGCCAAGGACGUGGGCAUGUACCUCAACUCCCACAGGCUCCUGCGCAAGAUCGAUGGCAAGGCCCGGCUGGUCCCUGACGAGGCGCCUCCCAUCGUGAAGGGGGGGCGGGAGGCAUGGCCGGUAGGGUGGCACGCAGGAAGGAGGAUCCUGCGCCAGGAGGACGUCUUCGAGCUACUCGGGGUGCCAUACCGGGAGCCCGCCGAUCGAAACUGUCCAUAA